AUGCUAUUCGUUUGCCGUGAACGAUUGAUUCACAUUGCCAGGAGCCGAUUCGUCGCCACAACGGAUGACACACGAGAUUCGUCUCAAAUUUGCGGUUCUGCCCGUCUCGUACUGUUGCUUGCCCUCGUCGGCGCAUUAGCUAUUUACUACGUCAACCGAGAGGACGUUGCGGCCGAGCGUCCACACGGGCAGGAUGAGGACCUCGUCACGCCUAUAAAUUCUCACCAGCAACGUAUAUUCGAAAAGUACUAUCCUUCGCCGCGAAACCGUUCUCGGCAUCCGAAAUAUGGGAACAGCAAUCUGAGCGAUGCUUAUUCCGAUGCGCCGCUUGGCGAGGACGUCAUUUACAUUUAUAAGGCUUUUUAUGAUACCAGGGACCCUGCUGGCCCUCGCAUCCGCGUAAUUCUGACCGCGAACUGCGCCACACUGGCAUCAGGUGCCCUAACCAGCUGCUUGGGCGACGAUUGCCCCUAUCACCAUUACGACAUUGCCUCGGAAGCCUAUGAAGGAGCUAUUCCCGAGACGGUCACCUUCCACCGGGAUGAUUUUAUUGCCGAAAUCCCGAUCGAGCGAUCACCGGCAGAAUAUAGCGACGAUAUCUCGGCUUGCCUCGGCGGCAUGCACUGGUACAACGACUGGCCGCGCCUAAUAUUUUACGUGGAAAUGGUUCGCCGUAACGGCAUCUCACGAAUUCUUGUGCCCUGGCAAGUUAUGUCCCCAGAAGUGAAGGCAGUCAUCGAUUAUUAUAAGCAGAAAGGGAUCAUCGACCUGCACCCAUGGCCGCUCAUGCCUUUUGGCAAAAAACACGACCCAAACAAGCUAGUCUUCUACAACGCACAGUGGCUGCUAACUCAAUACUGCAAUUUCUGGACGAAGAGCAAGUACACUUACCUCUCUGACGUUGAUGAGAUGUUGUAUGUAAGGGAUCGUAACUGGACGCUGUACGAGUUAUUAGAAAGCUGGUCGCGGAAUGCUUCAGAUCUUGGUGGAUUCAGUUUCCCCCAUACUCCAUUGUCGCUGGAUCUGGCCCAGGAACCGUUUGAUUACGAAAAGUUCUUGGAAUUGGAGCCUUUGAGAAUGCGGCCACGAACCGUUGUGGAUGACUGGAGAUUUCCAAAGUCCGUAUGGAUCACCGAACACACGAUGGUGUCAUGGGUGCACUACGCGACCGAAUUUUUCGCCGAUAAAAGGAACAAUGACAUCCCGGCCGAUGAGGCUCUGGACCUACACAUGCGCAAUGACUUCAUCGGCAGGAACUAUACGGACCUGUACCCGGACGUGCAAAUCUUUUCCGAGGAGGAGGUCGAGGGGGAACUGUCCAGGAUCCGCGGAAUCAUCCGGGAAAUUUUUCGCGACUUGAGGCCGAAUUAUCGCACCCCGGCGGUGCACGCAGCGAUGGAGAAGCCAGGGAAACCGUGCGACGACUCUGGGGUGGGCUGCUGGGAGUUACUCUCCAGGGUCGACGACUGGAUCUACGCGUCACCAACGCCGGAAAGCUUUUACAUUCCGGUU